AUGCUCCAGCUGUCCCGUGAGGAAAGAUUGGCAAAUGCAAGGAAAAAACUUAAAGAGUUCAAAUCUAGUCAAAAGCAAGCUCAGAUUCAGAACGGGACGCCAGUACCCAAUACUUACAAUGAUACGGCCAACGAAGAUCUUAAUAUACAAAAUACCUAUUCAGAUGUAAAUGGAUACUCAAAUAAUGGAUAUUGCGGAGUUCCUUCGUUCCCAAUAGUAAAUUCCCCCCAAACAACUGAUGCUUUUAAUCAAGAAUCUUAUUUAAAUGACCGGUAUCGACACCAACAUAUAACUUCGUCAUAUCAAUCUGGCUCAGAAAAUGCAUCCGUCAAUCUAUUUGCCAAUGAGCACUCAAAGGUUGAACAUUCCGGUCCUUCUUUUUCCAAUGGCAUAACUACUGCAGCCACUGAAAAGGCAGCUCAAAUUUCACAGCAAAUAAGCCACUUGCUUCAGUCAAGCUUUGAUUAUACUCGACAGAAUCAUUCAAGAACUCCAUCAGAAGUUACUGCAACUCUCUUCACACAUUCAGAUGAAGUAAGUGGACGAGAGAUUGGUGAUGUGGAUUCCCACAGGUCGACCUCUCAUCUCUCCCUUCCGAAUAGUUGGCAGGGCAAUACUCGAUCUUCCGCGUCUACCAGUACAGCUCUCAUUCGGGAGUUGCAGGUUAUUCUUAUUUUUGUCUCUUUUCUUAGUGUGUUAUUUUUAAAACGUUACGUAUUAACUAUUUCAAUACAAUAA